AAGAGGGUCUCUUACCUUUUUGUUGUUGUUUUCUUUCUCAUUAAUUAUUGAGUUCCGUAAAAUGGGUCCCACUUUUUCCCAUUUCCCAACCUCCAUAACCAUAGUUGGAGAUUUCUCUGUUUCCUAUGCUCUCUCUCUCUCUUACUCUCACAGUGACUAUUCGUCGGAGAGCUUCAGAUCUAAAAGAGGGAAGAUAAACCCUUUGGAUUCAAUAUCGAUAUCGGAAAUCUUUUGACUUCACAAGAAUGGCAGUGACAGAGGUUGAAAAUCCUCUUCUUGGUGAAAUCACUUGUGGCACCUUACUACAGAAGUUGCAGGAAAUCUGGGAUGAGGUUGGGGAGAGUGAUGAGGAACGAGACAAAUUGCUUCUUCAGAUUGAGGAAGAGUGUCUUAAUGUUUACAAAAAGAAAGUUGAGCUGGCCGCAAAAUCUCGUGCAGAGCUUCUUCAGACUUUGUCGGAUGCCACUGUUGAACUUUCCAAUCUCACAACUGCUCUCGGGGAAAAAAGCUAUAUUGACAUUCCAGAUAAGACUUCAGGAACGAUCAAGGAACAACUUUCUGCAAUAGCACCUGCGCUUGAACAACUUUGGCAACAGAAAGAGGAAAGGGUCCGGGCGUUUUCCGAUGUACAAUCACAGAUUCAGAAAAUAUGUGAAGAGAUCGCUGGUGGAUUGAACAAUGGACCUCAUGUGGUUGAUGAGUCUGACUUGUCUCUGAAGAGAUUAGAUGACUUCCAGAGAAAACUUCAAGAGCUCCAGAAAGAGAAGAGUGAUAGGUUACAGAAGGUGCUCGAGUUUGUGAGCACCGUGCAUGAUCUAUGUGCCGUCCUUGGUUUAGAUUUCUUAAGCACUGUCACUGAAGUUCAUCCGAGCUUAGAUGAAGCAAAUGGUGUUCAAACCAAGAGUAUUAGCAAUGAAACACUUGCGAGGUUGGCUAAGACUGUCUUGACUCUUAAAGAGGAUAAGAUGCAAAGACUUAAAAAGCUUCAAGAGCUAGCUACUCAGUUAACUGAUCUAUGGAAUCUCAUGGAUACUCCUGAUGAGGAAAGGGAGCUUUUUGAUCAUGUUACCUGUAACAUUUCAGCAUCAGUUCAUGAAGUGACUGCCUCUGGUGCUCUCGCACUUGAUCUGAUCGAACAGGCUGAGGUGAAAGUGGAUAGGCUUGACCAACUGAAAUCUAGCAGAAUGAAGGAAAUUGCAUUCAAAAAGCAAUCUGAGCUUGAGGAGAUAUAUGCUCGUGCUCACAUAGAAAUAAAACCAGAGGUUGUUCGCGAGAGGAUCAUGUCGUUGAUUGAUGCUGGAAAUACUGAACCUACUGAGCUACUGGCUGACAUGGAUAGCCAGAUCGCAAAGGCCAAGGAAGAAGCCUUCAGUAGAAAAGAAAUUUUGGACCGAGUCGAGAAAUGGAUGUCAGCUUGUGAGGAAGAGAGCUGGCUCGAAGACUACAAUCGAGAUCAGAACAGGUAUAGUGCAAGCCGAGGUGCGCAUUUGAAUCUCAAGAGAGCUGAGAAAGCUCGGAUUCUGGUCAGCAAGAUUACUGCAAUGGUUGACACAUUGGUUGCUAAAACCCGGGCAUGGGAAGAGGAUAACAGUAUGUCCUUUGAGUAUGAUGGUGUUCCUCUGCUCGCCAUGCUAGAUGAAUACACUAUGCUUAGGCAAGAACGAGAAGAUGAGAAGCGGAGGCUGAAAGAACAGAAGAAGCAGCAAGAACAGCCACAUACAGAUCAAGACUCCGCCUUUGGGUCAAAACCAAGCCCUGCAAGACCCGUUAGUGCCAAGAAAACGGUGGGAACACGAGCCAACGGAGGAGGGCUCAACGAAACUCCUAUUAGGCGUUUAUCAAUGAACUCAAGCCAGAACGGAAGCAAGUCGAAGAGAGACAGUCUGAACAAGAUAGCUUCACCUUCGAACCUUGUAGCCAACACAAAAGAGGAUGGUGCAUCUCCAGUCUGUCGUGUUGACCCAGUGAUGGCUUCACCGUGAGAAUUAUCAAAGAAAGAGAGUUGAAAUGCUUACUUACACUUUUGGUAGUUGCUAAUAGUGCUGUCUAAGAAACAAACACUUGAAACAAAGACAUUGAGAGUAGAAUGUUACUUAGAUGUUUAUGUCUCUGUAUUCAGUGACUCAAUUGUUUUUUCAGAAAUGUCGUAGUUAAGCUUUGGUAGCAUGACUAGUGUUGAACUUGAAGUGAAGUGACCGGUUUAGCUAAGGAAAGUCAGGGUUCUAA